GUGGCACUGGAGCUUCUUGCAGGCAUGUGCCGAGAGGUAGGCGGAAGUACCAUCGGCUACAACGCCUGCAUCAGCGUUUGUGCACGGGGCCAAGCGUGGUCCAUGGCCUGUCGGCUCCUGGAGGACAUGCCAGAAAAGCGCGUGCAGCCUGACACCGUCAGCUUCAACGCCACCAUCAGCGCUGCCAGCGAGGGGGCGCGUUGGCAGCCGGCGCUGGGCCUCUUCGACCAGAUGACGCAGGAGCGAGUUCCUCACGAUCUUGUGAGCUUCAAUGCGACCAUGGAUGCCUGCGCAAUGUCUGGCGAGUGGAGGCCGGCAUUGUCACUGCUCCGGGCGGCCGGCGUCCAGGCAAACCUGGUCUCUUUCAACACGGCUUUGACUGCUUGCCACCGCGGAUCUGCCUGGGCAGCAUCGCUGGAACUCUUCGCCUUGCUGCAGCGACGGAACUUGCGGCCAGACACGCUGAGCUACAACGUGAUGAUGAGCGUCGGCCACAAGUCGGCGAGAUGGCCGUUGGCUUUGCAGAUGCUGCGCAGCCUCCACCACCAUCGCCUAGCGCCCAGCGACCGCAGCGCGGGCGCGGUGGUGAGCGCGUGCGAGAGGGCAGAGCAAUGGGAGUUGGCAUUGGAGCUCUUCCAGGGCCUGGGUCGGGCUUCGGUUCAGACGUCGCCGGUGGUCUUCAACGCGGCCCUGAGCGCUUGCGCCAAGGGUGCGCAGUGGGAGAACGCCAUGCAGCUUUACCGCAGCUUGCAGCGCUCCCUAAGACCCGACGAGGUGUCACGGAACUCACUGCUGUGUGCCCUGGCUGCUGCCGCACGCUGGGAGGAGCGUGAAGUCCACACGACCCGACAGGGCGAAAGGGCAUCACAAGUCACAGGUGUCCGCACAUGCCCAGAUGUGUUUUGGCGCUUGGAACCGCAGGGGCUUAGCUCAAGCGCUUGUGAUCCGCCGCCUGCCAUGGCUGAGUGUCAUCAUUCUACCAGUAACUGGGCAGCCUCGGGCAUCUUCGAGCGCAAGGCCGCGCUGCAGCUGCCAAAGUUGAGUAGCCCAUGCUGGGCUUGCCAGCUUUCUGAGUCAGCUCAGCUCGCCGCUGAGAGGCGUGGCCCUGCCGCGGUGCCGCCCGCAUUUUCAUUGGCCUUGGGGAUUCCCUGGGCCGUUUGCCUGGGCCUCCGAAAAAGAUCCGGUGGCGGUAAACCUGCGCGUGCAUCCAUCACACGGCGGCGUGUGGAGACCGGCGGCCGAAUCCGACAACGCAAGAGGCCCCAGGACCGGCCUGACUUCGGCUUCCUGCAGGAGGCCCGGUGGGAGCGCUUCCGGCGCCGGGUCGCCGCGCUGCUGCUGGCUUUCGCAGUGCUGGCAGCUGCUUUCGGGGGCUGCAUGUCCAACUCGCGCGCACGCCUCCUCCAAUCACGGUUGGAGCAGGGAGGCCAAACCGAAUUCGUCUAUAACGAAGCGACACCCUUCCGCCAGGCGCGCCUAGUGCUGAGCCGGGCAUCUCUUCCGGCAGUGGCUUCGCCCAGUGAAAUUCCGUCGCCCUGGCACGAAGGGACCGGCUUCGUCUCGGACACAGCACACUUGCUUCGCAGCAGCACAGUGCAACGGAGCCUUGGCGCGCGAUCGACGAGCUGGCGCAAGAGAUCCGCCGCAAGACGGGAGCAGAGGUGGCGGUGGUCACCGUGA